AUGUCAGACUCUCAAAUUUAUUCAGCAACAUAUUCAAAUGUCCCCGCAUUUGAGUUUGUCACUCUGGAAGGACCAAUAAUGAGACGCAAAAAGGACUCUUGGAUAAAUGCCACACAUAUUUUGAAGAUUGCUAAGUUUCCAAAGGCUAAACGGACAAGGAUUUUGGAAAAAGACGUUCAAACUGGGAUUCACGAAAAGGUUCAAGGUGGGUACGGAAAGUAUCAGGGGACCUAUGUUCCCCUAGAUUUAGGAGCAGCAAUUGCCAGAAACUUUGGUGUUUAUGACGUUUUAAAACCCAUCUUUGAGUUUCAAUAUAUUGAAGGACAAACAGAAGUGCCCCCACCUGCUCCAAAACACAAUCAUGCAUCCGCUUUGAAUGUAGCCAAACGACAAGCACUGUUAUUGAAAAAGCAAAAGGAAAAGCAAGUGCAGCCAACUUUGUCAGAUACUAGUUUUGGCAGCAGCACUUCUGUGCCACCUACCACGGUGCCGAAAAAGAGAGGUAGACCAAAACGUGCCACAUUGAGUGCAACUCCUUCCUUACAACGUUCAGACACAACUCCAAUAAAUAAAAGUUUAAUUGACUUUAAUGCAAAUGAUCAUAGUGCCAAGAGCUCAUUUAUUGGUGUGGUACCUUCAUUUGCAAGAAACGAUACAGAGCAAGAUGCGUUACAGAUAAUGACCAACAAUAUGAAUCUUCGACAGGAAGACCUAGCAUCUGUAGAAACAGACGAUGACGAGGAAUAUCAUAAUGGUAGUAGAGGUGAUGGCCUCCAAAACGAUUCAUUUACAACAAAAAGGAGAAAGUACCCUGGCGGAAUGACUAAUGGAAAUGGAUUAGAGUCGCAGGCAGAUCUUUUAACGUCAAAGGAAUUAUUUGGAGUUUCAAGAACAUCUUUUGAAAAACGGGCAAAUCAACAACAUAACCACUACCUGCCGUUGCAGCCGUAUCAUCAACCAAGCAUAUCUUUAUCUCAGGAAAAUCAAAUAUAUUCAGACUACUUUCAAAGCCUAUUGUCAUAUUUCCUAGAUGACAAUAAUAAAAUACGAUCGCCGAUACCAGAUUCAUUACUUAGUCCUCCACUACCCUUGUCUAAAAUCCAUAUAUAUCAAACAAUUGACAGUGACGGGAAUACGAUUUUCCACUGGGCAUGCUCUAUGGGGAAUUUAAACAUGGUUGAGUUUUUGUUGAAAACAUUUACCCACUCCUUAAAUCCAGAUGUGAGAAAUAACAAUGGCGAAACACCUUUAAUGUUUAUGGUUAAAUUCAACAAUUCUUUCCAAUUAAGAAACUUCCCACUAAUUCUAGACUUAUUGAAGGAAUCAGUAUUAUUGGUGGACUCCAAUGGCAAAACCGUUUUGCAUCAUAUAGUGGACACGGAUAGCAAGCACAAACGGGAAAAAUUUGCUCAGUACUACUUAGAAUCAUUAUUGGAAAAGAUUGUCGAUGAGCGACAGGAACAGGGGGAUUCCAAUGGACACGCAAUGGAAGAUGACUUAACAAAGGAUGAGCUUGUCACCAAAUUUAUAAACCACCAAGAUUCAGAUGGUAACACUGCCUUUCAUAUUGCUGCCCACAACUUGAACAAAAAAUGUAUUAAAGUAUUUAUCAAUUACCACCGAUUUAUUAAUUUUGGAUUAAGAAACUUGGUCUCUUGUACCGUUGAAGACUAUUUGGCAUCACAUAAUUACGUACUCAGAUUGGAUCCUGUGGAACAUGAUCAAAGUAACAAUAGUGAUGGUGACGAAGACAUUAUGGAAGAUUACACAAACGAAAACCAAUCAUUUGAGACCCAACUUCACAAUUCCAAAAUGGCCAUCAAUUUGCAAAAUACCACUGCCAACCUCCUUACAGAAAAAAUGACACAAUUAGCUUAUGCCAUUGAUUCAGAAUUGAGUGAGAAAGACGAAGUGAUAUUAAAGUAUUUCAAAGUGUUGAGCCAGAUUAAUCAAAUCAAACUCGAAUCACAAAGAAAGAUAUUGUCGUUUUUUAAAUUGGAUCAUUUGAUUGAAGAAUUGGAACAAAAUAAAGAUGAUAGUCAGCAACAGCAGCAGCAGGUAACAGAUGAUGAUGAUCCUACUUCAGUUCAUGGCAAUGAUUUGCAUCUAGAUUUUAAACGUGAUCAUAUUCUCCAAGAAGAAAUAUACCGGUUGAUGAACGAUUUGACAUAUCAGGAGUUGCAUCAACAGGAUGAAUUAGAUAAAGUUGAACAUAGUUAUCGAAUGACAAAGGAAAGAUUACACGAAAAGGUGUUGGACGCUUCGUCUUUUGUAAUUGAUCAAACCCACCAACAAGGCAAUGUGCACGAACAAUUAGAGUUAGCCAAGCAACUACAAGUGGAAAUAAUCAAAAGAAAGAAACUUGUGGAUGAGAUUUCUAAAUUAACCAAAAAUGUUCCUUUACCGGAAAAUCCAAAUGCUAAAACCAUCAUCGAUACGUAUCCAAGUACUGAUAAGCUAUAUAAAUAUUGCAAAUUAAUUUCGUUAAGCUGUGGAAUUCCAAUGGAUGAAAUUGAAACUUCGAUUGAUGCUAUGGAAGAAUCAUUGGUCAAAAAAUAA